AAACUUGACAGAAGUGGGAAAGAGGGAGUUGAGAUUGUUCAGCGGCGGACACUCCAGCGCACAGUGCACGCAUGUUCAGUGGACUUCAGUGGUGUGAAGCCUCAAAUGAGGGACUCGGACGUCCGGGAAUGACAGCCGCUGUCACCAGGAGUGACAGCUUUCAUUCUGAGAUACUCCAUUGAAACUACUCCAGCCGACACUCAACACUGAUCCGCAACGGAUCCAGCCAGACCGGGACUAUGCCAGAGAUGGAGAAAGGGAGACCACCGGAAAAUAAACGCAGCAGGAAACCCGCGCACCCCGUAAAGAGGGAAAUCAACCAGGAGAUGAAGACUUUUGCAGAAAGCACCAUGAAUGAACUCCUUGGAUGGUACGGUUACGACAAGGUAGAUCUCAGAGAUUCAGAGGCCAACGAGAUCAGAAACUACAGAGAACGGCGUCAGCAUGUGUCUGUGCUGAAAGAAAACUCUUUGCCAAAACCCAAAAGCCUGGACACCAAAGUCAGCCACUUGGUCCUGCCGAACAAGAGCGGAGAGAGAGAGUGCUCCGGCAUCCCGUCUUCGUCACCCUCCUCUUCCUCAACAAGCUCAUCCUUGACGACCCCAAAGGAGCACAAGAGUGCCCCUGUCAUCGUCCCCCUUAUAAAGCCAUCAGCAGUGGAAGAUGUACAAAAUGUGCAGAUAGUAUGUGUGUGGUGCCAGAAGGAAGGUGUAAAACGCUACUCUCUGUGUAUGGGAUCAGAGCUCAAGAGCUUCUGCAGUGAGAAGUGUUUUGCUGCCUGCAGACGGGCCUACUUCAAACGCAAUAAGGCCAGAGAUGAAGAUCUCCAUAGUGAGAGAUCCCCUCAGCACCCCCAUACAGAGGACUCGCCCAGACUGGUGCUGAAGAUAAACACCAAUGUCAGAUCUCUCUCCCCUGUGCCACAGGUAUGCGAUUGGUGCAAGCAUGUUCGUCACACUAAAGAGUACCUGGACUUUGGAUCUGGUGAGGAGCGACUCCAGUUCUGCAGCACCAAGUGUCUGAACCAGUACAAGAUGGAUGUUUUCUACCGGGAAGCCCGCGCAGCUCUCACCAGCACCAGUUCCAGCCCAAACAGAACCAAUCAGGAGGGGAGGAUAGACAGCAAUGUAGCUGGGCAAAAGCUACUCACUCCAGAAUCUUGGAACAACAACAACAGUACUGGGGAAGCCCGUAAUAGAAACCUCUCCCCUAAAGGGCCUGCACUAAUCCGUGGAUUAGGAGAAUCCUCCAUGUCUCCCUCAGAAGCAUCCUCUUCUACUUCAAAACUCCCUGUCUCUGGUCUAAGGACCCUAGAGAGGUCCAUCCAGCCUCCCCCACCUUCUUCAACUGUGGAUGUGUCACCCCAUCCUGCUUCCCUUCCUCCUCCACCUCUUCCUCGCCCCCCUCUGGAGCAAAAGCCAGUACCUCAAAUCCCCAUGCCCUUUAUAAGGCCUCCCCUUCAUGCUCAGGGCUUAAAAAGCCCCCUUGCCACUCCUCCCAGACAUCCAGGCCCUCCUUCCAGCCCUAUCCACAGAGCUCCGCACUCUCCUCACCUUCAGCCCCCUACUUCUUCAUCCAUGAAUCCCCCUGGACUGAUACACCCCUUCCCAGGAGCCUACUUUCCUGGCUUACACUCCCCUCCGCUGAAUAUGAUGCCAAGAGGUCCUGUCCCAAUGCCUCCCAUGAUGAACUUUGGUAUUCCUUCUUUUAGCCCUCUUCUGCCCCAGCCCACUGUCCUGGUGCCUUAUCCCAUCAUUGUACCCCUACCUGUCCCCAUACCCAUUCCUAUCCCUAUUCCAGUCCCCCCUAAAACAUCCCUAGAAACUCCAAGUCACAGCGGAGUUAUUCAGCCUGUGCCAGAUUUGCUGGACAGGGCUCAAUCCAGGUCUACCAGGCAAUCUUCUCCAGAGACUUCUGAGGCAGACAGCAGACUGGUAGUCAACAAAAUGGGUGGAACUUUGCCUCAGGGGCUAUCCUCACCAAGUGACCUGAACACAAGGGACACAGAUUGGGUUAAAUCAGAGAGGCCAUUUCUGUCCCCAGCAUCCACACCCCAAAGUGGAGCAUCCUCCCCCAGAGCCCAGUGCAACGAAUCCCCCUGCUCAGCCCCGGGGUCGGACGGGAUAAAUGAAUAUAAGCAGCAGCAGACAGAGCGACAAGUCAUCCAAAGGGUUCUACAAAGGACUCAAGUGAAGUUAGAGCCCAGCACCAAUGGAGUGGUGGACCUAUCAGGGCUGGGCGAGUCGGGAGCUGGGCAGGUUAACAGGUCAGGGAUUCACAAUAUCAUCAGACCCACACCUCCUCUGUCACCAUCACCUUCACAUGACACUGUCUUCCAGCACCAGGACUCCCAUACUCCACCUUCUUACACCCCAGCCAGCCCCAAGGAGUUCAACCAUCCACAUGGUGCCACAUCCUCUGCCCAAAAAUCUCAGGACCAUGGUCAAAAUGGGAUGUCUUCUUCACCAACAACUGCCACUCCGGACUCUUCCCGACCCCAGAGAUUACCAGCACCGCCCCCUGACCCCUCACUUAGUGAGCUGGAGGCUAUCAAAGAGAACAAGUGUUCUGUUGUUAGCCCAGUGCGGGUUGAGGGGCAAGUUAAUCUGUCAGAAGAGCCCUUAACAGUAGUCCGGGACAUAGGAGAGGACUCUCAUGUUCCUGAUGAGGACCAUGCCUACGCCCUGCCCACAGCGCCAAAGAUAGGUGGGACCACUGGCCCAUUGCUCUUGCCCAAACUCAGGGACAAGGGUAGUCUGCGGAGCCCUGCCAAUGUGCCCAGUGCAAUAGACAUGGAGCCAGCUCUGAAGAGGAGAUGCCUAAGAAUCAGAGAUCAGAAUAAGUAGAGGAUGGAGACUCCCUGUUUAGCACUGUACGGCAGUGCCAGAUUCAGUGCCAUGCCCUCUUGUGGACAACACCAGUGCUAACACCCUCUAGCCUGUCCCUCAGCCUGUUGGCCCAGCAGAGUAUUGCUCUGCCUGCAGACCAGCAGGGUGCCAACCCAGGAAGAAGUCCAGAUGGCCAAGUCAUCACAAGCCAACAUGGGGGAAGAACACAACACAGUCACACAUUUUGUCUUGGACCAAAAGGCUGUCGCUGGCUCGUGUGUGUUACAUUGUGUUCAGCAAGCGCUUUAAAAGGAGCAUCUCAGAUCUUCUUCCUGUCUGACAUUGCCCUAAAGUGUGUAUGCGCGCAUGAGUCAGUGUGGCAGCCCAGAUGAGCUGCUCCUCCUCCUCCUCCUCCCCUCCCUGCUCCGCACAGCAGACAGGGCUCUGAUCAGCCUUGUGUGGUCUUCUCAGAUGGAGCCUGAACAUGAUCUCUUUCCAGGGGAAACGGUUUGUUUUCUCUGCCCGGCUUGCACAAAGAGCUGCAUUGUUCCUCUCCCCAUAUCCCACGCUGACUCCCCACUCCAGGUUUUGGGUUACCUGGCCGACGGGGGCUCAGACUUCAUCAGCUUUUUUAUUUUUUUGACCGACAGCCAGGAAUAUAGUAUACCCUUCUCUCCUCCACCUUUCCGCCCAAUCUAAAUACGGUACGCACCAGUUCUGAGGUUUUAUCCCUCACAAGUGAUUGCCUGUGAUUCCCUACUCAGCUCACUUCCUCCAAGGGAAGAAAGACAGUCUGCUGACAUUAAGACUUCAUCCAGUUUACUCACUGACGAGAGUCCGGCCGGGCUGUUGAGACAGAUGAUGGAGCAGCCUAACAACCCCAGGGGAGAGUCUCCUCCCCCUCCUCUUAAACAAUGUAAACUUAAACUGAAUAUAUGAGGGUACACCUACUGAUACAUAGUAGCUGAGAUGGUCUGUGAACACUUUAGACGUCUUGAUGACGCUGGUACAUAAAUGUGUAACGUACAGAUCCUCAUUCAAUAUUCACCUGAUCUACCAAGUCUCUCAUGGCAAAUCAGAGUUUGAAUCACUUUCAGCACCGAAUGCCAUGCAUGUUUCGUCCCUACCAUUCAUGAAUGAAUGAUCCUAAUUCUGAUUUUCUUGUGGAUGAUACUGGUUUUGAUCAGCCGUUUCUGAAGAGGAAAGCAACAUUGUAAUAUUACCAAAUGUGGUAUUAUACCCAAAGGCAUCAAAUGCUGUAGUAUGCAGCAAUCAGUAUUACAGUUCCCGCUAUCAGGGAUACCUAUUGAGAUUUGAUCCAGCUAGAUCACUUAGCAGCUUGUCAACACUUGUUCCUUUGCAAGAUUUCAGUUUUGUAGUCGACACAGAUACUAUUUGAUGUUAUAUUAACUUAUGGAUGAAGCAUCUGUAGAUUUUCACAAAAAUGCUUUAUUUCUUUUUUUUGUUUGUUUGUUUGUUUGUUUUGUUCUUUUUCUUUGAUGAUUUUCAUUUUAUGAGUGCCUGAACUCUCAAACGCCUCUUGUCUAUAUGUUAAUAUGCUGUAGCCCCACUAGAGGGCAUUGUUUGCCUUUGUAACUUUGCACCUGAGCAGAAAGAACCAGGAGGCCAUAAGACAGUCUGCUGAAACCCAAUGCAAUCUCUGCAAACAGCUGCACUCAGUGCCAUCAGACUGAUAUGACUGAUAAGCCAAGCAGACGGCUUUUCCUUUACAUCUCGCCAUUAUUUUAUCUUUAAAUUCAAAUAUUGCCAUUUGCCACACUCACAGCAGUGUCAAACCAAGGGUGCAGUCAGCUGCAUUUCAACGCCUUUUAGUGAACAGUUCAGCACUCCCCUGGGUUAAACUAAGCAGUCCCUUUGACCUGCUUGAUGCUAGAAUAACGCCAGAUGUGGCCCACCCCAGCCAUCAUUCCAAAAUCACUUACCUAUCCGUUUGUGGGCAUGCGUGUGUGCAUGCACGGAUAUGUGGCAACACAUUUCACCGUCUCCUCACUCAUUCCAGCCCACUUCCCCCACCACAGAUCAUGCCUUUAAGUCGGUGUCAUUCUUGGCUGGUAAGGGGACUUUCUCAUCAGCUUGUAUGGCGCAGUGAUGACAUCACUUCAUACAAAUAGCUGCAGUGUCAACAGGAGAUCUCUGACUCUGACGGCAGAGGCCAAAAAGUAAACAAUUCAAACUGCCAUCAUUAGUUUCACCAUGUUUAAUCAAUGCCUUUCCUCACCUCACCCAGUAUCUGUGUCACCUCAGAGUUUUGACAGAAAACCCGUUUUACCAGAAGUUUGGUUGCUUCUUGCUUCACCCAGAGGUACUUUCUGACCUUCCCUGUCAAACUCACUAUCUGACAAAAUGUUUGUAUUCAAAUAAAGAUUAAAUAAGAGCAUUGGUGAAGACCUCUUUGUAAAGUGAAAUAAAUAAAAGUUAUUCUAA